AAAAGAAACAUCCAUCAUUAUCUUAUGCACACUAACUCCAAAUGAAAAUGAAGUUUCUAGUUGUGCUAGCUGCUCUCAUUACUCUUAGUCUUGCUGCCUCAAUAAGAGAUGAGCCUUCAUUCUGUCAUGGUUUAGACUGCCCCAAAUACACAGUUACAAGGAAGAUUGACGAUUAUGAAGAGCGACAGUACGAACCAUCAAAAUGGGUAGGAACAACCAUUACAAGUGAUAGCUACAGUCAAGCAACUGAAGAAGGCUUUAAAAAGCUCUUUGAUUACAUCGAAGGAGCCAACAAAGAUGGAAUUAAAAUACCAAUGGCCUCUCCAGUAGCAGUCAAGAUAGUCCCUCUCCCCCAAGGCCAGAGCAACUAUACCGUUCUCUUCUUUGUACCAUUUGCCUACCAGAGCAACACUUCCAUACCCACUGACCCUACUCUAUCUAUUGCAAGUCUUCCAGCUCUCACAGCAUACGUUGGACAGUUUGGUGGGUACAUGAGUGAUAAAGUGGAACAAGAAGAGACCACGAAGUUAAAGAAUGCCAUGACAAAAUAUGGCGUUCAAUUUGUUCAGCAGUAUUCUUUCGCAGCUGGCUAUGAUCCUCCUUUCAGGGUCAUUGGACGUCAUAAUGAGGUCUGGCUUAUAGGAGCUUAAACACAACACCCGCUUAGGACACAUUAAUACAUGUAGACUAUAUUGCAAUUAUUGUCUUUUUCUGUUUAUCAUUUUUGUAUCCUUUUUUGCUUCAUGAUAAUUAUCGACAAUAUUUGAAA